CAGCUGUGUGGCAGAGUCUGGGCAAGUUGCUGCUGAAUUUUGCACAGGCUGCCAGGAGUUUGUGGAGGUAUAAUACUUUGUCAUUAUGCGAUGUCGUCUCUCGGUCCCUCCUUUGUGCAAAUUAAAUUUGAUGACUUGCAGUUUUUUGAAAACUGCGGCGGAGGAAGUUUUGGGAGUGUUUAUCGAGCCAAAUGGAUAUCACAGGACAAGGAGGUGGCUGUGAAGAAGCUACUCAAAAUAGAGAAAGAGGCAGAAAUACUCAGUGUCCUCAGUCACAGAAACAUCAUCCAGUUUUAUGGAGUAGUUCUUGAACCUCCCAACUAUGGUAUCGUCACAGAAUAUGCUUCCCUGGGAUCACUGUAUGAUUACAUUAACAGUAACAGAAGUGAAGAGAUGGACAUGGAGCACAUCAUGACCUGGGCCACCGAUGUAGCCAAAGGAAUGCACUAUUUACAUAUGGAAGCUCCUGUCAAGGUGAUUCACAGAGAUCUCAAAUCAAGAAACGUUGUUAUAGCUGCUGAUGGGGUAUUGAAGAUCUGUGAUUUUGGUGCCUCUCGGUUCCAUAACCAUACAACACACAUGUCCUUGGUUGGAACUUUCCCGUGGAUGGCUCCAGAAGUUAUCCAGAGUCUCCCUGUGUCCGAAACAUGUGACACAUAUUCCUAUGGUGUGGUUCUCUGGGAGAUGCUAACAAGGGAGGUCCCCUUUAAAGGUUUGGAAGGAUUACAAGUAGCUUGGCUUGUAGUGGAAAAAAACGAGAGAUUAACCAUUCCAAGCAGUUGCCCCAGAAGUUUUGCUGAACUGUUGCAUCAGUGUUGGGAAGCUGAUGCCAAGAAACGGCCAUCGUUCAAGCAGAUCAUUUCAAUUCUGGAGUCCAUGUCGAAUGACAGUAACCUUCCCGACCAGUGUAACUCAUUCCUGCACAACAAGGCAGAGUGGAGGUGCGAGAUUGAAGCAACCCUGGAGAGGCUGAAGAAGCUGGAGCGCGACCUCAGCUUUAAAGAGCAGGAGCUCAAAGAACGGGAAAGGCGGCUGAAGAUGUGGGAGCAGAAACUCACCGAGCAGUCCAACACCCCGCUUCUCUUGCCUCUUGCUGCAAGAAUGUCUGAGGAGUCUUACUUUGAAUCUAAGACAGAGGAGUCAAACAGUGCAGAGAUGUCAUGUCAGAUCACAGCAACAAGUAACGGGGAGGGCCAUGGCAUGAACCAAAGCCUGCAGGCCAUGAUGCUGAUGGGCUUUGGGGAUAUCUUCUCAAUGAACAAAGCAGGAGCUGUGCUGCAUUCUGGGAUGCAGAUAAACAUGCAAGCCAAGCAGAAUUCUUCCAAAACCACCUCUAAGAGAAAGGGGAAGAAGGUCAACAUGGCCCUGGGGUUCAGUGAUUUUGACUUGUCAGAAGGUGACGAUGAUGAUGAUGACGGUGAUGAUGAGGAUAAUGACAUGGGUAAUAAUAGUGAAUGAAAGCAGAAAGCAGAGCAAUAAAGUUGAAAAUGUUUGGAAAGACAAAA